GUUGUUUUUUUUUUUGGCCUGUGUGUGUGUGGUUUUCUUUGAAAGCGCUGAGAAGGAACAAGACGGAAUCAAAGGAGUAGAUGAGGCAGGUGCCUUCAGCAGUCUGAGAUGACAGGCAUCUGAAACUGACUGACAGUUCCCCCUCCCCCAUACCCCCACCCCUGACCCCCACCCUAAUCCCCCACCCUUCCACCCCUAUCUAGCUGGGCUCCUUUCUGUGGGAAGUAUAGCCUGCCAACAACGUCUGGGUUCAAGUAGCCCACACGGCUCUCCGGCAUUAUGCAGGUUUCAAUUGCUUGCACAGAGCACAACCUGAAGAGCCGCAACAGUGAUGACCGGCUGUGUACCGUGCGACCUCCUGCAAGCACCUGUGUGAGCAGCAGUGGGCAAGGGGGCAACGGAGGCGGACACCAUCCCCCCGCAAAGUGCCGGACGGUGGCAGUGGUUACCCGGAAUGUAUGUCACAAUGCGGCCCAGGUGCCCACCUUGGUGAAGGAGUCCAUCGGGCGGAACACGGGCAUGAAGUACAGGAACCUGGGCAAGUCUGGCCUCAGAGUGUCAUGUCUUGGACUCGGCACGUGGGUGACUUUUGGCUCCCAGAUUUCUGAUGAGAUGGCAGAGAGCCUGAUGACGAUUGCAUAUGAAAAUGGAAUCAACCUCUUUGAUACAGCGGAAGUUUAUGCAUCUGGGAAGGCAGAGGUCACCUUGGGGAACAUCAUUAAGAAGAAAGGGUGGAGGAGGUCCAGUUUUGUGGUCACAACUAAGAUUUACUGGGGUGGACAGGCUGAAACAGAGAGGGGUCUGUCCAGGAAGCACAUAAUUGAAGGUCUGAAGGGGUCACUGGAGAGACUUCAGCUGGAAUAUGUGGACCUUGUAUUUGCUAACCGUACAGAUGUCAACAGCCCCAUGGAAGAGGUUGUGCGUGCCAUGACUUUUGUCAUUAACCAGGGUAUGGCCAUGUACUGGGGGACAUCUCGCUGGAGUGCAAUGGAGAUUAUGGAGGCGUACUCUGUUGCCCGCCAGUUCAACCUGAUCCCCCCAGUAUGUGAGCAGGCUGAAUACCAUUUCUUCCAGAGGGACAAAGUGGAAGUCCAGCUUCCAGAGCUCUAUCAUAAGAUUGGGGUGGGAGCUAUGACAUGGUCACCCCUUGCCUGUGGAUUGAUCACCGGGAAAUACAAUGAUGGCAUUCCAGACACCUCUAGAGCUGCCAUGAAGGGAUACCAGUGGCUGAAAGAAAAGCUCCAGAGCGAGGAUGGCCGCAAGCAGCAAGCCAAGAUUAAGGAGCUCAGUGUAAUGGCUGAAAGACUGAGCUGCACCAUUGCCCAGCUGGCCAUUGCUUGGUGCCUGAGAAAUGAAGGAGUCAGUUCAGUGCUACUUGGUGUUUCCAGCCCUGAGCAGCUUAUCGAAAACCUUGGGGCCAUUCGGGUCCUAAGUCAGCUGACGCCACAGCUAACUGCUGAGAUCGACAGCCUUUUGGGUAAUAAACCUCACACCAAGAAAGAAUCCCGAGCAUAAGGAUGGAGAAAACUGAGAAAAAGGAGUUCCCAGUCUAUAAUUAAGCAUGUUUUUAACAUAGAGCUUCUGGAAAAACUGCAGCAGCCUUCACUAAAUAGCUUUUUCUCUUCCUUUUUGAAGAUGGACUAGGAGAUGGGGGAACCCCAGCAGCUUUCUAGUAUUUAAAACACAAUCUUUGAUUUCCGAUGUGGGCUGCAGGUACAAAGCCUCUCGCUCCUGCGCUGCCUCAUCAAAGUGCUCUGUUUGUGAGGGAGGGGCAGCUAGGAGUCUGAUUCGGAGAGGCUUCACCCAUCCAUCAUGUGGGCCAAAAGAGCCUUAAAGGUCAAGGGGUAAGCCAAACACAAUUCAACUGUGAAAUCAAAUGCAAUUUUUCAAAUCACUGUGAUUAAUUUAUUUAAAUCAGCAGCAGUAGUGGCGGAUAGAGUGAUCUCAUGGAAAAGAAGGGUUCAGGUCGGCCUUUUGUAUGCUUCGUGAGGUGAAGGGAUUGUGACAGGGAUUGACGUGGGCCCGUGGCAUGAUUUGUGUGCGCAUGUGUAUGAAAAUCUCAUCACCUUCUUUUCCCAUUCUAAAUAAAAAAGUUUCUUUCUUUC